CAUCUUUUUUCCUUCACGCUUCCACUCACGCUUCGACCUUAGCUUUAAGAUCGCCUUUAUCACCUCUUUCUCUUGCACGAUCAUAUACGUUAAGCGUCAAGACGUUGAUCAACUUACAUUAGACCGAAAGCUUUCCCCAAUGUUUUCGGCAUCAAGUAUCUCCAUCUCAAACCAGCGCCCUCGUCCAUUGACGGUAGCACCCAGACAGCAAUCAGUACAUCGCUCUCUUUGUGCCCUAUCAACUUGAAUUUUCACUGACAUUCACGAUAGAAAUGGCUCAGAACGAUGCUCAAAGACUUGCUCCCCACGACCAGGUCCUGGCGUCAUGCUUGGCCCGGCUCGACCUCGAGAAUGCCCAAGCUCGAAGGGCCUCUGCCGCUCCUGUGGCUGCCACAGCUGCUGUUGGUGGCAAGAGUGGUGGCAGCACGAGCAGCAGCAGCAGUCUGAGCGGUCUCGGUCGUGGCGGAAGCAAGACUACAGGAAUUCAAGGUGGCACCAUGGUUAGAAGAGCAUCAGCUGCAGGCUCCCUCAACGGCACCCUCAAAGCUGGACCUUCCAACACUGCCGACGUCGAGCAGCUGGUUUGCAUCGACACACAACCCUCCAACGCCAGCAAAAUAACUACAACAAGCCAUAGCAGAGGCUUUGCUCCAAUGCGUAUGGUUGCUGAGCAGCGGGGCCAAGUCACUCAUGCACCUCACAAACAAGCGAUCUCACGGUUUGCAAAGGAGUUCUACAACCUGCCGUCCAACUACGCUGGCGACGCUUUGAACCUUCGCAAUCAAAGUGCGGCAUGCAAGGAUGAGGAGAACACAGCACUCUUCAUCCCCGAACUUCCAGCCAAUUGCACUCAUACGAUGCUGCUGGGAGCUGUUGCUCGUUGUGCGCCAGUGGGGAAAGUCUAUGCAGCCGUCAUCAACGCUGCCAAACCAGCUGAAGGGCAGCUUUGUGCCGCAGCAAAGAUGGUAUUCUUUGACCGGGCUGGCGCUGAGAAUUGCUUUAAGGCCAUCAAGCAGGGAAGGCUCAUUGUCGGAGGGCGCCGUCUUAGAGUUGUCUGGAACAGAACCAAGUCUGCUGCACAGCCAGACACCAGCAACUCAAGGGUUGUUCUAAUCCCGGGCCCGUCUGGGUUGGUCAAACGCAAUGAGCUCGAACACUGGUUCUCAAAGUACUUCGAGUACCAGACAGAGAGCGUCUUGGUUCGCAAGCAGACUGGACCCCAGGUUACAAUGCUGGAAUGGCGGUUUGGAAGCUUCCGAGCACAAGCAGAGGCCGCUACUUUACUCCUUGGUCAGGAGGAAUUUGGGAAUACGAAGUUGGAAUGGCAUUGGGGAGUGGACCCUUGCGCCUAG